GUCGAACAUUCCCAUACGUCAACGCAAAACUGAGACCGCCUGCCACGUGGUAGAGUACCAUCGCCCAUGUCGCAUUCAGGGGAUCGACGUUUAUCGUGUGCAUCAACAUUGCCCAUCCCUUUGCCCCUCGCAAACAGCAAAGUGACUUCCCAUACCUUAUCUGGGAUUCCCACGUAUGUACCUAACGCCUUCCCCAAUUUCCGUCAAACAGUCAACCUUCCCCAAACAUCCACAGCUAUGUGUCUUCCCAGAUCAGUCGCUCGCCAUUACCAAUUACGUGGCCCUCAUUAGAUGUUUUUCCCAUUCGCAAAUUUUGCUUCUUGUCCUAUUCGGCCAGACUAUCCCACAUCACUAGCCACGCGGCAGUAGACAUCAGAGAUGCCGAGAGUCUACUGUACAUACUGCGGGAAGGGCUUCAGCCGCAAGGAACACUUGGAAAGACAUAUCCCAAGCCAUACCAACGUCAAGCCGCACCGAUGCAGUGCCUGUCAACUGUCCUUUACCAGGAAGGAUCUCCUCCAAAGACACUACUCGACAUAUCAUGAAGCCAGAGAUUACACGAACUUGCUUCCCAACGAUCUGCCCACAAUUGCUGGACGGCAACCCAUUGCCUGCCAGAACUGUGCCACUGCAAAAACGGGUUGCGACAAGAGGGUGCCCUGCUCGCGUUGUGCUGAGAGAAGACUCCCAUGUGCUCCCCGCUUUGCCCGACAGUCGCGGAAGACUGCUCUGCGAACCGCGCAAACCGGUGACGCGUUCAACGGCCACGCCCCUCAGCAGCUUCUGCAGCCGCAGACCGUCAACCCAUCAUCUCUGGCAGUUAAUCAGGGCGGUGUGAGCGAGGACUCGUUUGUCAAUUCGCAGUGUGUCGCCACGGAAGACAGUGUGACGAUACACUCGGGGUUCUCAGAGAGAGCACCACGAAAGAAUUCAUCUGCGCAUUCCCACAUCAGUCAAGACGAGUUUCUUUUGCCCCACCCUAGGAUCGAUGGCUUAGACGUCUUCAUGCCAGUUGGAGAUGACUUUGUUGCAGCCGACCCAACCGACCAAGACAUGUCAGCCCUACCGGAAUACAAGCUUGGCCUCGACAUCUAUUCCGAGUCUCUACUUUUCACAUCACGCACCGACGUGACGGCGCCUGCUGUUACCGACAUGAACAGCAUGUCAGACACCUCGGGAUCUACAUCUUCGACCUUUUCGACGAGUACCAGUUCCAUAUAUACCUCCAGGGCAAGUACCAUGUCAACGGAUACUUUCGACCCUCAGAUGAAGGGGUUGCACACGGCCAUUUCGGCAAUUCCCAGCGAAAGAGAAGCCGUGCCAGAUUUCGAGGUCGUCAUCGCUGCCGAAUCAGCCUGGCCGCUAGCACAAUGCAACCCAUACAUGUCAGGAUCCUGCCCCCAGACGGCCAUUGUGCAUCUCGAAUGCCUCGAACAGCAUUCGAAACAGGAGGGCAUGUGGAGCUCGCUAGAGAAGUAUCUUGAGCAGGUCGACUGGGACGCAUCCGACUUGGUGUCUGUCAUGCCACUUACGCCCCAGACACGAGACAAGGUGCUCGCGAUUACUCAGAUCUUCUUUCACAAGGCACUUGAGAUCCACCGUGGUGGCAAAGAAUGUCUGGCGACUGGCUAUACCGGCGUUGGCGACUCCAAUCUGAUUGUACUCCCGCCAUCAAAGAUCCUCGAGUACUUCCUUCGCAGUUACGGCCGCAAUCUGUCGCUAUACUACCCCCUCGUGGCUGGCGGCCGCGUCGAUCCCAACGAGAUGAUUCGGAAUGAUCAGGCAUCAACUCUGCUGGUUCUUCUCAUGAUUGCGAAGGGCGCAGCGGCAAUGCCUAUCCCUGAGGCAAGGUAUCUUGCUGCGGGGCUGACCGAAAUCUGCCGCAUCUCGCUUGGCAAUCUCAUCGACAAGGAUAGCAGGCAGUAUGCAGAUCCGGUUGUGCUGCAGUGUGGCCUCACUUUUACCGCGCUCGGGGCGUGGAGCGGUGACAAGUGGCUUAUGGACAUUGCCGUGGCUCAGCGUGGCAUGCAUCUGAUGCGACUGAAGCAUGCCGGAAUGAUGGCACCCCAGCCAUCGAUAAGCUUUGAUAUCGAUGGUUCGAUAGGUUUGGAACUCCGCUGGCGCACCUGGCUGCACCACGAAGCCCAGAACAGGCUUGUCUACAACUGGGCGAUGCUUGACCAGGAGCUCAGCCUUUUCUACGAUAUGGCACCGAUGCUGUCUAUAACCGAGCUACAAUGUCCACUCCCGGGCCCCGAGCUGUUGUGGAUGGCCCCCAACGCCGAGAAAUGGCACUCGGUCAUUCGAUCCAUCCACGGCGUCAUGACAAACGGCACCCCUCAGUUGCCAAAUAAUUCGACCUCAUUGCCAGCCAAUUCAACCGCAAGUCCCUCGCUAUCCGUUCUUUUCCAGGCCUUUCUGCACAACAGCCUCUCGGGGCAGCAGAGCAACUUAUCGCCGCAGCAUCUGCGGUUGCUUUUACAUCCUCUGCAGUCGAUGCUCUUCCACAUCCGCGAGAUGUUCUCGUGUUUCUCAAGCAUCGGCCCACUGCGGGCUCCGGUGCAAACAGUGACCAAGGUCACGACAUUGCUGCGGCUAGAGGAAGUCCAAAACCUGCUGAAGAAAUGGUAUGAGCUGGCAGGAGCCUACUGGAAGGCCAAUCCAGACUGCCCGAUGACCCGAUGCAACCUGGUCCUGUACCACCUCAUCUCCCUCAACGCCGUAUCCAAUUUCGGGGAAAUCGAGCGCUUGGCCCGUCGCGAGGUCUUCGACGGGUCGCGCUGGGAGCUGUCCGUCCGCCAUAAGCGCUGCAUCUUCCGCCGGGACGAUGCCAUACUCCAUUGCGGCCAGGUCUUCAAGCUGCUGCGCCAGAUGCCGCCUGACCGGAGACCAACCUGGUGGCCGGUGGCGGUGUACCGCGCGACGCUCGUCCUCUGGGCGGACAGCAUCGCGAGCAUGGAGCCCAAGAAGCGGGCCGAGAAGAAUUGGGGGGAUGGCGGUGCGGGCCAGGUCGGAACCGACCAGAUGAUGGCUGAGGAUCGCAUGAUGGAGACGUUCAACUGGAAUGGGAGCGGCGCGGCAGCAUUGGAAAAUUUGGACGGCACGAUUGUGGAGCUGGAAAAGCCGGGCGACGUCCUCAAGUACGGCAUCAAGGCUCUUGAUGAGGCUGUCAGUUCACGCAUUGUUGAUGGUAUUCGGCGGAAGCUGAUCGCACUGGGUAACUACUGGAGUGUUGACGCUAUGGGCGGCGCCAGCUCUUGACAGAGGGGUUGCUAGUCGGGACGGGGGGGAUAUGACGGGCGGAGGACAGCGAUACUCCUUGGAUUGGGUGGGGAGUGGCACAAUCCGACGGGAGGUAGAGUGGUGGAACCCCUUACGCUGGAUAUGGGGAGGUCGUGAUAGUUUGGGAAUGCACGAAUUAGUGAGGAGAAAGUGAAAAACUGUGUAUUAUACUCUGUCGAAGAUGACCAUGUGCCUUGGCUUUCAAAGUAUGAGGCAGAUAAUGUAAUAUUGCGCAAUGAAUCAGUCUGGUGGCGACUUGUACCAUUUUAAACUAGACGACACAGCUUGGUAUCUUGUCAACGCAAGC